AUGGAGCAAGAGAAUUCUCAAACGAUUGAGGCUACUACUUUUCAUGAUAGCAUAGUGGAUCUUUCUUGCCACUAUCAGUUUGAAAAUGGGUCAUCUCAGUUUUUGUUUUUAGAUCUUGAUCACAAUGAAAAAAAUGGAACUUUCGUUAACCACUCCCUAUGCUUCUCUGUUGAAAGCUUUGUUCAAACACUUGCUUCAUGCAAUGGCUUGAUCCUCUUAUCUGGUUAUGUCACUGAUCAACCCUGCUACUAUGUGGUGAAUCCUCUUGCAAAAGAUUCGAUCACGAUCCCUCAACCUUGUAUUCAAGAACAUGUGAUUAGAGUUGGUUUAGCUUCCAAUGAUUAUAACCAAUUUAAGGUUGUUCUUGUUGAAGCAAAAUCUUCCCAAUUGAUGAAUGAAAAUGGACUAGAGUUUCAUGUAUUUUCUUCUGUCACAAGCGAAUGGAGUAAGGUAAACCAUUUCGUCGAUUUAACUUUGCCUUCUUUGCCAGAAUUCGAGUUUAAGGAACUAUCUACACAACCUCUUUACUCAAAUGGUUCAAUCCAUUGGGAAAUGGGUGGAAAAUUAUUGGUGUAUCAUGUCGAAAAAAACACCUGUGAACUAAUUGAACUGCCAAAUUUUUCCAAAGACUGGCCAUGGCAAUCGUCGAUGAUGUAUCGCCGAUGUUUGUGCGAAUCCAGAAGCUGUGUUUACUAUUGUUACACUGAUUUUGAUGGUUUUCACGUUUGGGAGCUUCUUAAGGAGAAAUAUGAUCUCGGGCCAUUCUGUGAUUCCGAAAACUUUAGGUGGAAAUUAGUCCAUACUAUCAUGCAUGAGACUUUCGCCUCUACGCAUCACGAGUUUAGCGACACAUUAUUCGAAUGGGAGCCGCUUACACCGAUUGCUUAUACCAAACAAGCACAUACUAUAUAUUUGCAGAUUCCAGGUGCUGUUUUUGGUUAUGAUUUUGAUACAGAAACUUUGAGGCUAAUUUGUAGAUAUUCAUAUCCUGAUAUGAACUUCAACUGUUGCACAUUUCUCUGUUCAACUAGUUUUGUGACUCAUAAUGUGCCUAGAGAAAAAGACUUGGUGACUGAUGGAGAAAGAAUGGAGCUGAAUUUACCAAUAGAAGAUGUUGAGAUUUUGCUUGUUUAG